UGAAAUCGAUGGGAAUCCAGCCUCCGGCAAAAUUCCAAACUUCAUGGGAAACUGGACGAAGCUCCAAUGGCUGUCAGUACUGCAACAAGCUAUCCAUGUCCUUAGCUGAGACAUACAAGGAACAUCAAAGCAGGGGCCCUUUCCUCCCUUCUUCUCCACUGGGGUCUCUAACACAGCUGAGGAUCUCUGACUUGAAAGGAGGAGAUGGGAAGUUCCCUCCACUGCAAAUUAUAAAGAACCUGGAAGUACUGGAUAUAAGCUUUACCAAUCUCAGUGAUCCAAUUCCAAGCAGCAAUGGACUGAGAACAAUAAGUUAAAUGCAAGCAAAUUAGAUCGACAUAGUCAUAUACAUACUAUGAAUACCAUGUUGAAUGGAACACUGCAUAAUUGGAUCUUGACCAGCAGAAUAAAAUUGUAUGUCAUACUUACUGUGUGCUUUUUAAGCUGCAGAUUAUUUGCUUAUGAAUUAUCACUCUCCAAUCAUAAAUCCAUCUCCUUCAUUUUAUGAAAUUCAAAAUUUCAGGGAUCA